AUGGCGCCCAAACGCUCAUCGCUGACGCAAACCACGCUCGACGCCUCUCUCGCCCCACGAGCCUCCUCCACGUUAGCAUCAGAUGCCACGCACCGGAUAUCCAAGAAGCCGCCGCCGGCCAAGCUCAAGGCCCGGCCGAAAGCAACCGCAGCAGCCGCCACCGAUCGCGUCCUGACCGACGUGCUCAUUGCCAUCAAGCCUGUCCACCUGGCCAACGUUGUGAGCCGGGAGAAAAACCACGAGUACCGCAAGUACCGGCUACGGGACGGGGUCACCAGGCUGUGGCUGUACGAGACGGGCGACGGCGGCAAGGGCCGGGCAUCUAUCACACAUAUCGCCGUCAUACCGGCUACCGUACGCCAUACCCCCGGCACCGUGCCAACCGAGCCCUUCGGCAUCGGCAACGACGACUUCAACGCCGGGCUCAAGCAGUCCAAAUACGGGUACCCCGUGCUCGAGCUGCACGAGCUGGUCUGCCCGGUGACGCUCGCCGAGAUGAAGGACCGGUGGCAGAUGGGCGGGGCGCCCAUGGGCUGGCGCUACGUCGAGGCGCAUCUGUGGGAGGACAGAUGGGGAGAGGAUGAAGCGAGGGCUGACAAGGUAAGGCGGGUGUUUUGA